CCCAGUCCUUCAGUCAGGUGGUCGCCAUUCCAAAAAAGAAGAUGGCGGUUCGUUGAGACUUGCGAUUCGAUUUCACUACGAUUGCAGUUUUAGUUGGUGGAAUAAAUGGACGCCUCUUCUCAAGAAUCCGUUACAAAGUCUUCGUCAAAAUUGGACAAAGAAACCCAAGGUGAAAAUGCAGAAAGACGUUCUAACAAAGACCACCCAAUCAGCGAGAAAACGUCAAAACAGUCUACAAGCACUUCUGAUCAGAAAGGUAAGCUUAUAGGAAACUAUGUAUCACCUGAUAAGAGCGAUCACAUUACAGUAUCACCAUGCCAUAAACAUAAAAAAAUUCAUAAAACAAGUUAAAUUAAAUUAUUCCUUGUAUUAAACUGUGUUUUUAAUCAUAAAAGGUGCUUAUUGAAAGAGCAUAGCGGGCAACCAUUAAGGGCCUGAAAAAUCACCUUAAUUGUCAAUUACAUUAUAUAAAGUACAUGGGUUUUCCUCUGGGUGAGAAAUUUCAUUCAGUUCCUAAGGGUUGAUUUCCAGUGCCGUGUAGUUUUUACGUGCAAAUAAAAUAGAGGCAAUGCAUGAAAGGUGGCUCAUAAGUUAAAAGUUGAACCUCGCUCAACUUCUUGUUUAAGCUCAGCACUUUUUAUCUUGCCUCCAUUUUAUUUACGGGAUUGAAAUUUACGUGCAUUAACGUGCAUAGCCAAAAACGUGUCAGUGGAAAUCCACCUUAAGCGAAAUAGGAUAUCGUCUAAAUAACCAGCACACAUCUUCAGCAAGCAUUUCCUUUUCUGGCCAUACCCUUAGGACACAGUUUUCCCUCGAAUUUCCCUAACAUCUCGCCCCCACUUCUGCUGUGGUUGCAUACAAAUCUUGGAGUACAGCCAAGAGAAUGUCUUCUUUAGAUGUAAUGGGCAAUUCCAGAAAAUAUCCAUACCUUACCAUGGACAGCUUCCAUGUUUUAACCCCCCUUCACUUCAGAAUUUCCAAAAUGGGUUAUCCCCCCGUGCCCUCGGAAUUUCCCUUGGCAGAUCUACUUUAUGGAAGAUAAUUCAUUGCAUACAAUGUCUAAGUUAGGACAUGUGUAGAUCCAUGUUGACAUUAAAGUUCUUCAUAUAUUCUAAGUAGCAUAGUGCACACAGCGAACAUAGAGAUCAGAGAAUGUGGGAAGGUUAAAAGCAAUGGAAAAUCAUUAACCAUCAAGGCAUGAUCAAUCAGAAAUGCGGUAUUGGUAUUUUAUAGAUUUUCAACAUGGUAGUUCAGUAUUUGCCAAUUUUUCUUACAGUAUUGNCAUGAAAGGUGGCUCAUAAGUUAAAAGUUGAACCUCGCUCAACUUCUUGUUUAAGCUCAGCACUUUUUAUCUUGCCUCCAUUUUAUUUACGGGAUUGAAAUUUACGUGCAUUAACGUGCAUAGCCAAAAACGUGUCAGUGGAAAUCCACCUUAAGCGAAAUAGGAUAUCGUCUAAAUAACCAGCACACAUCUUCAGCAAGCAUUUCCUUUUCUGGCCAUACCCUUAGGACACAGUUUUCCCUCGAAUUUCCCUAACAUCUCGCCCCCACUUCUGCUGUGGUUGCAUACAAAUCUUGGAGUACAGCCAAGAGAAUGUCUUCUUUAGAUGUAAUGGGCAAUUCCAGAAAAUAUCCAUACCUUACCAUGGACAGCUUCCAUGUUUUAACCCCCCUUCACUUCAGAAUUUCCAAAAUGGGUUAUCCCCCCGUGCCCUCGGAAUUUCCCUUGGCAGAUCUACUUUAUGGAAGAUAAUUCAUUGCAUACAAUGUCUAAGUUAGGACAUGUGUAGAUCCAUGUUGACAUUAAAGUUCUUCAUAUAUUCUAAGUAGCAUAGUGCACACAGCGAACAUAGAGAUCAGAGAAUGUGGGAAGGUUAAAAGCAAUGGAAAAUCAUUAACCAUCAAGGCAUGAUCAAUCAGAAAUGCGGUAUUGGUAUUUUAUAGAUUUUCAACAUGGUAGUUCAGUAUUUGCCAAUUUUUCUUACAGUAUUGCAGUAUUGGUUAACCCCAAUUUCUCCUUCUAUCUACAUUGUACAUGUAUAUGAUGGGAGGAAAUGAAAUGAAAUGUGAAGACUUUAACAUGCAGAAACUAUUUCUUGAUGGUAACUUCAAUGUGGGCCUUCAGAUUUCCAUGUCCAACCACCACACAUAAUGAUAACCACGUCUCAGAACAGAAGUCGCAAGUAAUAGACUACCUUAUUCACAAUACCAGCUAUUUUUGCGUGCCCUUUUGUUUUGAUGGGAGAUAUUUGGGAGCUUAAGCAGAGGAAUUUUUGAGUGACGUACUUCAACCGGAGUUGAGGUCUUUUCCCUGUUAAAUAUGCCUUGACACUUCAAAAUUCGUAUUGAAAAGUGUUUUAACUCUUGCAGAGACUGAUACUUGCCCAAACAUUUGGGCAAAACCACCGCUCAAGAAUAAAAAAAAUCCAUAUUUUCCAGUUAAGGUGCAUUGCUCAAAAACGUCUUUGCUUUACUCCAGGCUAUUGUCACUUACAGUGUAUCUGCCCCCUGAGAAACCAUUUCGCAUCAGUCCUUAAGUGGGUGCAAAGAUGGCAGGUGUUGGGAAUAAGGUCUAUUACUAAACCCAGGGUGCAAAGAAAAUCAUUUUUACAGCUUGCCAUUCAGGCAAGCUGAAGCUAGCAUUUACUAGCCCAGACAUCACUUCAACUAGCCCCAAAAACUUUUUGACUAGCAUAAUUGAUUUCACAGUUCUUCUGUUAUUCAAAUUCCUCAAAAAACAUCACUUGCCCAUCGGGCAAGUUAAAAACAGAAUUCACUAGCCUGAUAGCAAAAUCCACUAGCCCCGGGCUAUCACACACUACUUUCUUUGCAAGCUGUAAACCACUAAUUCCUUGCACUUCGAAUGGUUACUUUUAGUCCCAAGAGAAACCAACAUCAAUUUUCUCCUAACAAUUAUCAAUACAUCAUGAAAAGAAAAAGUUAUGAGAAUGAUUUAUUAAAAUGAUUACUUGGUGGAAAAUGGUUUGAUCUUUCAUUAAUUUCUCUCAAAUAACUCUUUAAGGAAAUCUUUGUUGAUCAGCCAGGAGAAUUUGUAAGGGGAUUUUGGGGCUUAACGGAUUAAGGGAAGCUUGACUGUGUUUACAUAUCUGAGUACAUGUAUACAGUUAUUUUGAGAAAGGUUGUCAGAAAAAGUGCACAUGACAAUCCCAAAGGGUGUUCUGAGUGGUUUUGAGUCCACUGUUCUUCAAAGAAAUUUGAAAGAAUGGCACUAGAGCCCAUGGACAUAUGUUUGGGAGUGCUAAAGGAAAGCAGCAAAAGUAAAUCUGACAGCUACAGUCGUCAGGAACAGUGUAUUGAUCAUAUCCCAUAUUACCUUUUGGAAUUGUCGUGUACACAUUUUUUCCGAAAACCUUUCCUCGAAAUUAUAGCUGUAUAUGUUACAGGUCAAAUUUGAUUUCAGUGUGGAAUUUUUUCACCUAGUUGAUUCUUGAUUUCCUCUGUCUCCUAGUGCUGGAAGACAAAAUUUGUCAUUUAAUGAAAUUGUGAAUUAAUCUUGGUUAAAUCAGAAUUAACCUGAAAUCAAAUUUUGUAUCUCCAUUUUAUCUCUCCAUCCUUUCUUUGUAGAGCAAAGAGGCAGGAGUGAGAAUGAAAAGAGCUCAGUUUGUAAAGAAUCAUCAUCAGCUGCAGCAAAUGAUGGAGGGACAGAAAGUCAUUUAACUGCAGAACUGAAACGAGAAGAUUCUCAAAUUUCCAGUCCUGCUUCAGAAGAUUCUAUGGAGACAAAGGCAGAUAGAACGCUUUCAGCACGAGCUGAAAUGGACACUUAUGAAGAAAUAAAUAAGAGCGAGGUUGCAUCACUUGACGACUGGGAGAAUGUUCACAAGUCAUGUCUGUCCGAGAUACCACCAGUUGAUCCUGAGGUAUUGAGAGACUUGGAGCUUAAGGCCGGUGACAUUGCCAGAAAUCUGGAUCACAUGCUUACAGCACUUGCGCAUACUUUGAAGGCGAUGUCGCAAGUAAGCAUGGAAUGUCUUGGUGUAUAUAACUCUUGUGUGGAUCACGUGAGUGAAACUGUUGAUGAGAACAUCAAAUCAAUGUACACUCUAAUUGCGAGGUGUGAAGAACUGAAUGCCAGUUUAAAACCUGUGCAAAACAUGGCAGAACAAGUGAAGGAGAUUAAGAAAACUUUGGAUGCCUUUGAGGCAAUUUGCAAAUAAAAGUAUAGUAGUGUUUUAUUUGCCAUAAUUAUUUAUAGUGAUCCUUGGACUAAUUUAAUUUUUAGGCUAAGUGGUAUUGUCUGUUAAGUUAAUUCAUUUUAUAAAUCAGUAACACAGUAGUGCUUGGAAAAAAAACUUCAAUCCCAUCUUGUCCUUUCGGCAAACAGCUCUUGCAUUUUGCUUGCCCAGAGCCACUUAACUUCUUGCUUGUCUUAGGGCUAGUGCACUGGAAAAGUUACCUGCCAGCCAAGAAAACCUACUUGUGCAGGACAGGACUGCUGGACGGGACUUUUUUCCAGCCCUGCACAGAAAAUGUAAGAAGAA